AUGAACACAGAAAUAAUUGGUAGCCCGUCUGAAGUUAAGGAAGAUGUGGUGGUACCAUCUGAGUCAAUUACGUCUUUGAAAGAAGUCGUCAUAGAAGAAGGUGAACAUCCACCAAGUCCUGCCGAAUUGGCUCAAUAUAUGCCGGCUUUACCAAUAGAUAAAAUUCAAAUGAUUGCCAGGAAUGAUCCAGGCUAUGUUGAGCUUAAUGACGAUGCUUUUGCUGCGACUGCCUUUGCUACAGAAUUUUUUGUUAAAACAUUAACCAAUGAGGCUCUUAAGUUGUCGGAAUACAGAUCAACAAGUAACUCAGAACCAUUAGAAUUGGGCUAUGAUGAUGUAGCAGACCUCGUAUCGAUGCAGAAAGUGUACACAUUUUUACGUGAGACCAUACCUAGGACGAAGUAUUUGAGGGAUUUGGUUAAAGAGAAUAAAGUUAGAUACACAACAGUGACAGAAACUGAGCAGCAGCAGCAGCAGCAGCAGCAGCAGCAGUUGCAACAACAACAUAAUCAUCAUCAUCAUCAUCAUCAAGUGCAAGUACAACAAGAGAUACAACCAGCAACUAACGAAGUCAUUGAAAUAGACAGCAGUGAUCAAGAGUAA